AUGAUUCUGGUGGCACUUAGCUUCACAAGUCUGCUUACAUCGCUGGAAGCGACGAUUACAUCCACAGCUUUGCCCUCCAUCGUUGCGGAUCUGGGUGGCGGUGACUUGUAUGUAUGGGCCGCCAAUGGGUAUUUUCUGACAAUGACGUCCUUGCAGCCCCUUUAUGGACAACUAGCGAACGUCUUCGGACGUCGAUGGCCAACAAUCGGCGCAACAAUAACCUUUGUCCUAGGGAGCGGUAUUUGCGGUGGAGCCAGCAAUAUGACGAUGCUGAUUGCCGGCCGUGUGAUCCAAGGAGUCGGCGCAGGCGGCAUUGGAGUGCUCGUCGAGAUGAUUAUCUGUGAUUUGGUUCCUUUGCGACAACGAGGCAACUAUUUGGCCCUUGUUUUUGGGAUGAUCGCUCUGGGCACAGCCCUUGGACCCUUCUUUGGGGGUUUGAUUGUUGAUCAUUCCACUUGGAGAUGGGUCUUUUACCUCAAUCUCCCCAUCGGCGGCGUCUCCAUGGUAUUGCUUUUUGUCUUCUUGAAAGUGAGGUGGAACAAAGAUGCUAGCUACUCCGCCAAGUUGGCCUCGAUGGAUUGGGCUGGUAACUUCAUCUUCAUCGCAGCCAUCUGCAGUGUCCUUAUCGCCCUGGGCUGGGCUGGCGCAGUAUAUCCCUGGUCAUCAUACCAUAUUCUUGUUCCUCUGGUGGUUGGCUUGGUGGGCCUCGCCGGAUUUUUUGCAUUCGAAGGUUCUCGUCUCGCCCGUCAUCCAACAAUGCCAUUGCAUUUGAUGUCGAAUCGUACGUCAGCUACUGCGUACAUCCUGAGCUUCUUGCACGGUAUAGUCACCUUCUGGAUGGUCUAUUUUCUCCCGGUCUAUUUCCAAGGCGUUCUCGGCUCUUCCCCGGCACGCUCUGGGGUACAACUUCUUCCCAGCAUUCUAGUCCUGAUACCGUUUGCUGCGUUGGGCGGGGUGGGAUUGUCCAAAUUCGGCAUCUAUCGACCCAUGCACGGCGUAGGGUUUGGGUUGGUGGUGAUAAGUUUCGGCGUCUUCACCCUGCUCGACCAGAAUUCCUCCACGGGCGCUUGGGUUGGCUAUCAAGUCACAGGGGCGGCUGGGUUGGGGCUCAUCAUGCCUACAUUGCUUCCUGCAGUAAUGGCACCGCUCUCGGAAAGUGACACAGCACUUGCCACGUCGACCUGGGCCUUCGUACGCGCUUUCGGCUUGAUCUGGGGUACCGCGAUUCCUGCGUCCAUAUUUAACAACCGCUUCGACGAGGUUGCGACGAACGUUAUCACAGAUCGCAGCAUUAGAGCUCAGCUAAUCAAUGGUCAAGCAUACAGCCAUGCCACUGCUGCUUUUCUUGACACCUUGCCUGCUUCCACCCGCGAAGAGGUCAUUACAGUCUUGAAUGAGAGCCUUCGCCGGGUAUGGCAGAUUGGGAUCGGGUUCGCUGCGCUAGGAUUUUUGCUUAUCUUCUUGGAAAAAGAUGUCCCGCUGCGUCAGGAACUAGAAACCGAGUUCGGGAUGGAAAGUAAGGACAAAAGAAGGGACCAGUCCGAAGAAAGAGGGGUUGCUAACGAGUAG